AUGGCGCUAGAAACUAUAGCUGCCUCGGUUCUAGGUGCCGUUGGCAGCAAGCUAGUUUUCUAUCCUCUGGAUACGAUACGAACAUUACAACAGACAUCGACCAAUUUCAGUUACUUUCUGCCAAUACGAUCAUAUUUUAGGGGUCUAGGAGCUUCGCUGUCGCUGAGUGCACCUGCAUUCACUGUUUAUAUGGUAGCAUACCGUGAGACCAAACGAGAACUAGCCCCAUAUUUGGGCGAGGCAGCACUUGCAAAUUACAUAGUCAGUGGAGCAGUGUCGCAAUUGACAAGCAGUUUCAUAUGGACCCCAAUGGAAGUGUUAAAAGCCCGAAUGCAGAUUCACCAGGGACCAAAAAUUAGCACAUUGAACCUAGCAUCCAGCAUAUACAGGAUGGACGGAAUCAAGGGCUUCUUUCGAGGAUACUGGAUGGGCGUAGCAGUAUUUCUACCACACUCGGUUGUAUGGUGGACGACAUACGAAUAUUCCAAAGAACUUCUAAGUAAAGAGGACCAGCCGUUAAAGACCAUUGACUACGGUAUUGCAUCAGCCUCAGCCAGUUCAUCGGCAGCUCUGGCAUCCAAUUUCCUUGACGUAAUCAAAACGCGGCAGCAAGUGGCUGUCUCAGAAGAAAUUGCACGGAUCCGACCUGACGACCGACAAGGUGUAUUUAAAGUCGCGAGAAACCUGAUCAAAGAAGUCGGUUUCUUCCGAGCAUUUUUCAAAGGCCUACACAUCCGACUGCUACAUUCACUGCCAUCGAGCGCCCUAGCCAUGAUGAUAGUCGAAAGCAUCAAUCCAGACCGUCUCCGCGGCACGGCACCUGCCAAGUUCACCAACGACGAACUGCUACCACCGCCGGCCUUGGAAGAAAUCGAGGCAUAA